AUGGAUUUUGACCUGGUUGUAAAGAAUGCAAUAUUUGUGACUGCCAGCGAAGUUCUCCCAGAAGGUCUUGAACUUGGGAUCAAGAAUGGGAAAAUUGCUUGCCUAGCAACUGGACCUCUACCAAUCUCAUCCAGCACACGAGUCAUAGAUGCUGAGGGAGCAUAUGUCACUCCAGGUGGCAUUGACAGCCACGUACAUCUUGCCCAGAAGAAUUCUCCUACCGGUGAUAAUUGGGAAACGGGAUCUAGGAGUGCCGUUGCUGGCGGAACAACGACGAUCAUCGCCUUCGCCUCGCAACAGCGCAGCGACACUUCGCUGUACCCAGUCUUGAAGGAYUACCAUGAGAAAGCAACAGAUCAGAGCUAUUGUGACUAUGGCUUUCACUUCAUCCUGACAAACCCGACUCCAGAGAUUCUCAAAGACGAGUYGCCAGUGAUGGCAUCCGAGGAAGGCAUCACUAGCGUGAAGCUCUAUAUGACCUACCCUGCGAUGAUGGUUAGCGAUCGGGACAUUCUCAGUAUUCUCUUCGCUUGCAGAUCGUUGGGGAUGACAACCAUGAUACACGCCGAGUCGCAUGAUAUGAUCAGUAUGAUCAUCGAAGGGUUGGAGAAGAACAGAAACACCGAGCCCUUCUUCCACGCUAUUGCACGCCCACGAAUUGCAGAAGAUGAGGCUUCGUACCGUGCCAUCUCGCUCGCCGAGCUCGCAGAUGCGCCGAUGCUGAUUGUGCACAUGAGUUCGGAUGUUGCGAUCAAGCAUGUACACGACGCUCAGGCCCGAUUACUCCCGAUUCAUGCAGAAACGUGCCCGCAUUAUCUGUUCUUGCUCUCGGAGAAAAUCAAAGGGGAGCCACAUGACCACUUUUCGGGAGCGAAGCACGUUUGCUCGCCGCCUCUGCGACACGACGUCAAGGAUCUGGACGCACUAUGGCAAUCCAUUGCGAAUGGAACAUUCACGACCUUCUCCUCGGACCACGCACCGGCCAAGUACGAUCAUCCUGGGGGUAAGAUGCUCGGGAUGGUAGAUGGCAUCCCUCGUUUUUCCAAGAUUCCAAAUGGAUUGCCAGGUAUCGAAACGAGACUCUCUUUACUGUUCAGUCAGACGCCAGCUGGGAAGUCUGCCGAGCAAGCAAGACUUUCGCUCCCACGAUUUGUUCAGCUGACUUCUACCAACGCUGCGAAGCUCUAUGGCUUGGACGGUCGGAAAGGAUCGAUAGCUCCUGGAUACGAUGCGGACCUGAUCAUCUGGUAUCCCAAUCACAAGGGUGCGAGGGAAAUAACGCAAGAUAAGCUGCAUCAUGACAUUGACUACACACCUUUCGAGGGCGUUCAAGUCACUAAUUGGCCGAGGUACACCAUCCUGCGAGGGGAGGUUGUUUGGGAUCAAGAGCAGGGUGUGGUAGGUAGCAAGGGCUUUGGUCAGUUCCUGAAGCGAGGAAAAGGCCAGGUGCUGGUUGGAAGAACUGGAAAUGUGCCACGCGGUAUGAAGCCAGGUGAGCGUGAGUAUUGGUUGUGA